UGCCGCGCAGAGUGGACCGCGGCACAGCCCGGAGCCGGGCGCGGGCCAUGGCUGCGUCCGGGGUCCUGUCCCGCCUGGCAACGGUGGCGUCGGUGGCGCUGGUGACGCUGGUGAUGCUAGAGGCGCAUUGCGCGGCGGGUGCGGGCAUGGGCUCUUGCUACGACGACGCGGGGCGCGCACAGCGCUGUCUGCCUGAGUUCGAGAAUGCGGCUUUCGGCCGACGGGUCGAGGCCUCGCACACGUGCGGACGGCCCCCAGAGAACUUCUGCCCGCACGUGGGGGUGCCAGGCGCGGGACCACAGUGCCAGCGCUGCGACGAUGCCGACCCCCAGCUCCGCCACGACGCCUCCUACCUCACAGACUUCCACAGCCCCGAUGACAGUACCUGGUGGCAGAGCCCAUCCAUGGCCUUCGGGGUGCAGUACCCCACCUCGGUUAACCUUACCCUGCGCCUAGGGAAGGCCUACGAGAUCACCUACGUGAGACUGAGGUUCCAUACCAGUCGGCCCGAGAGCUUUGCUAUCUACAAGCGCACGCACACCAGUGGACCCUGGGAGCCCUACCAAUACUAUAGUGCCUCCUGCCAGAAAACCUAUGGCCGUCCUGAGGGUCACUCCCUGUGGCCGGGUGAGGAUGAGAGGGUGGCCUUCUGCACCUCUGAGUUCAGCGACAUCUCCCCCUUGAAUGGGGGCAACAUUGCCUUCUCCACCCUGGAAGGCCGUCCCAGUGCCUACAACUUUGAGGAGAGCCCUGUGCUGCAGGAGUGGGUCACCAGCACUGAGAUCCUGAUCUCUCUGGAUCGGCUCAACACAUUUGGAGAUGACAUCUUCAAGGACCCCAGGGUGCUCCAGUCUUACUACUACGCUGUGUCUGACUUCUCUGUGGGCGGCAGGUGCAAAUGUAAUGGUCACGCCAGUGAGUGCGGCCCCAACGAGGCUGGUCAGCUGGCGUGCCGCUGCCAGCACAACACCACGGGUGUGGACUGCGAGCGUUGUCUGCCCUUCUUCCAGGACCGUCCGUGGGCCCGUGGCACCGCAGAAGACGCCAAUGAGUGUCUACCCUGCAACUGCAGUGGGCACUCCUCGGAGUGCACGUUUGACAGGGAGCUCUUCCGGAGCACCGGCCACGGUGGGCACUGCCAUCACUGCCGUGACCACACAGCCGGGCCACACUGUGAGCACUGCGAGAGGAACUAUUACAGAUGGGCCCCGAGGACACCGUGCCAGCCCUGUGACUGCCACCCAGCAGGCUCCCUGGGUCUCCAGUGUGACAACUCGGGCACCUGCACCUGCAAGCCCACAGUGACAGGUUGGAAGUGUGACCGUUGCCGGCCCGGGUUCCACUCCCUCAGCGAGGGCGGCUGCAGACCCUGUACCUGCAAUGCUGCUGGAAGCUUGGGCACCUGUGACCCCCACAGUGGGAGCUGCCCCUGCAAAGAGAAUGUCGAAGGCAGCCUGUGUGACAGAUGCCGCCCUGGAACGUUUAACCUGCAGCCCCACAACCCGGCAGGCUGCAGCAGCUGCUUCUGCUAUGGCCACUCCAAGGUGUGUGCCCCUGCUGCUGGUUUCCAGGCACACCACAUCCUCUCAGACUUCCGCCACGGAGCUGACGGUUGGCAGGCCAGAAGCACAGGGUCAUCAGAGCGUCCUCUGCAGUGGAGCCGGAAUGGGAUCCUCCUGAGCCUGCAAGGAGAGGAGGGACUCUCAGCACCAGAGAAGUUCCUGGGAGACCAGAGACUCAGCUACGGACAGCCAGUCAUACUGACCCUCCAUGUACCGCCAGGGGGCUCCCCACCCGCUGUGCACCUGAGACUGGAGGGGGCAGGCUUGGCUCUGGCUCUGGGGCCCUCUGGUCCACCCAGGCCUCAGGACUCCAGGCAGCCAGGACAGGUUCAGCUCUGGUUCCUCCUGCAGGAGACCUCUGAGGAGGCAGACAUCCCUCUGCCUGCCUUCCACUUCCAGCGGCUGCUUGCCAAUCUGACUGCCCUGGGCAUCUGGAUCAGGGGCCAAGGCCUGGGCCAUUCUGGAGCAGUGGUCCUGUGUGAAGUCCAGCUCACCUCGGCCCGAGCCCAACAAGGGCUUGCCCCACCAGCCUCUUGGGUGGAGACGUGCUCAUGUCCCCAGGGAUACACAGGCCAGUUCUGUGAACUCUGUGCCCUGGGAUACAAAAGAGAGAUACCUCGUGGGGGUCCCUACACCAGCUGCAUCCCCUGUACCUGCAACCAGCAUGGCACCUGUGACCCCAGCACAGGGAUCUGCCUGUGUGGCCACCAUACCGAGGGUCCUUCCUGUGAGCGCUGCAUGCCAGGUUUCUACGGCAACGCCUUCGCAGGCCAUGCUGAUGACUGCCAGCCCUGUCCGUGCCCUGGCCGAUCAGCCUGCACAGCCAUCCCACAGAGUGGGGAGGUGGUGUGCACACACUGUCCCCCUGGCCAGAGAGGACGGCGCUGUGAGAGCUGUGAAGAUGGCUAUUUUGGGGAUCCUCUAGGACUCUCUGGAACCCCCCAGCCCUGCCGCCAGUGCCAGUGCAGCGGGAAUGUGGAUCUCAAUGCGGUCGGCAACUGUGACCCUCGUUCUGGCCGUUGCUUGCGCUGCUUGUACAACACCACAGGCGCCCACUGCGAGCGCUGUGAGGAUGGUUUCUACGGGAGUGCCUUGGCCACCAGGCCUGAGGACAAGUGUGCACCCUGCAGCUGUGACCUGAGGGGCUCAGUCAGUGAGAAGAUAACCUGCAACCCAGUGACCGGCCAGUGUGCCUGCCUGCCUCAUGUUACCGGGAGGGACUGCAGCCGCUGCAGCCCUGGCUUCUACGAUCUCAAGUCUGGGAGGGGCUGCCAGAGCUGUAAAUGCCACCCGCUCGGCUCCUUGGAGAACAAGUGUCACCCCAAGACUGGCCAGUGCCCCUGCCGACCCGGCGUCACAGGCCAAUCCUGUGACAGAUGCCAGCUGGGUUUCUUUGGCUUCUCCAUCAAGGGCUGCCGAGACUGUAAGUGUUCCCCGCUGGGUGCUGCUUCACCUCAGUGCCACGAGAACAGCACGUGUGUGUGCAGGCCCGGCUUCGUGGGCUACAAGUGUGACCGCUGCCAGGACAAUUUCUUCCUCGUGGAUGGUGACACAGGGUGCCAGGAGUGUCCCACCUGCUACGCUCUGGUGAAGGAGGAGGCAGCCAAGCUGAAGGCCAGGCUGAUGCUGAUGGAGGGGUGGCUGCAGGGAUCUGACUGUGGCAGCCCCUGGGGACCACUAGAUGUUCUUCAGGGAGAAGCACCUCGGGGGGAUGUCUAUCAAAGUCACCACCUACUUCAAGAGGCCCGGGAAGCCUUCCUGGAGCAGGUGGUGGACCUGGAAGGUGCCAUGAAGGCCACGUGGAAGCAGUUGCAGGUGCUGAGAGGAAGCGUCCGCUGUGACCAGGCUGGAGCUCAGAAGACCUGCGCCCAGCUGACGGAGCUGGGGGAGGCAGUGCGGUCCUCAGAGGAGGGGGUCCUGCGGGCAGCCUCAGCUCUUCCGUUUCUGGUGAGUCUUCAGGAAGGAUCCAGCCCACCCGCCAAUUGGAGCCAUCUGGCAUCAGAGGCCCACAUCCUUGCCAGGAGCCACCAGGACAUGGCCAUCAAGAUUGAAGCUGCUGCACGGAAGGCCCUGCUCGCCUCCAACACCAGCCAUGAGCACCUGCAGCAUCUGCUGAGAGGAAAGGAGGCCUCGGAGGCUCGGCGGGAACUGGAGGACAGAUACCAGGAGGUGCAGGCAGCCCAGACUUUCCUGGGCACAGCUGUGGCAGAGGUGCUGCCCAAAGCUGAGAGGGCACUGACCACUGUGAAGCAAGUCAUUGGUGAUGCUGCCCCACAUCUGGUCUUGCUGGUCACCCCUGGAGCAAUGCCUCAGAACUCCCAAGCCAGGCAUCUGGACUGGAAAGUGAAGGCCCUGGAGCAGAAGCUGGCUCAGAGGGAGCGCCAGGCAGUCCAGGCUGAAGGAGCCCUGCAUGUGGAGGCUGGGGCAGUCCUAAAGAAGAUGGAGCCCUUCAUGCAGCUACGCAACAAGACCACAGCUGCCCUGACACAGGCUUCUUCAGCUGUCCAAGCUGCCACGCUGACUGUCAUAGGAGCCAAGACUCUGCUAGCUGACCUUGAGGGAGUGAAGCUGAAGUUUCCUCUGCCCAAGGAGCAGGCAGCGCUGAAAAGGAGAGCAGGCAGCAUCCGGGCCAGGCUCCUGGAGGAGUCGAAGAGGAAGACCAGGCAGGCAGAGAGGAUGCUGGGAAAUGCUGCCGCUCUCUCCUCCAGCACCAAGAAGAAAAGCAAAGAAGCAGAACUGAUGGCCAAGGAGAACGCCAAGCUUGCGAAAGCUCUGCUGAGGGAGGGGAAGCAGAGGCACCGUCAUGCCAGCCGACUGGCCAGCCAGACCCAGGCCACACUCCGCCAGGCCUCUCGGCUAGUACUCACAUCAGAAGCGCGCAAGCAGGAGCUGGAACAGGCUAAGCAGGUGGCCUCUGGGCUGAGCAUCGUGGAGCGCCAGAUCCAAGAAUCUCGAGGGUCUUUGGUGAAGGACAUCCAGGUCCUGUCAGAGCUGCUCGUCAAGUUGGGGUCCCUGGAUACCCACCGCGCUCCUGCUCAGACCCUGAAUGAGACCCAGAGGGCACUGGAGAGCUUGAGGUUGCAACUGGGCUCACAGGGAGCCCUGCAUCGCAAGCUGAAACGAUUGCAGCAAGAGUCUGCACGGCAGGAGCUGCAGAUCGAGAGCUUUGAGAGUGACCUUGCUGAGAUCCGCGCUGACAAGCACAACUUGGAGACCAUUCUGAGCAGCCUACCAGAGCACUGUGCCAGCUAGGCCCUGGCAGCCCCUCCCCACCUUGUGUUUCCUGCCCACUCCCCAUAGGUGUCCCAGGUCUGCCUGCUGUGUGCGCAUGUGAAUGACCACACUCCCUUGCUGGUAUGUCCAGAUCCUCUUCAGUGUGAGCAGCGGGAGUGAGUACAUGCUCACGACUCCACAGGUGGCCCUGUGUGCAGCCCUCAGUGUGUGCUCCCUGCACACACAUUAGCACCCACCCCAGCAUCAGUAAGAGGCAUGUCUGCAUUCAUUCAUGUGUGUGUGUGUGAUGCAUUUGUGUGUUCAGAACCAUCUGUGCAUAAACACGCAUGACAGUCGGAGCUGUCAAGAGGCAGCUAUGAGCUUGGAUACACUGUGCAUCCUGGGUGAGUCCUGUUAUGAGAAAUUCUACGACUUAUCUACUACCCUCCCUCCAGAGAGUAGAACUCAAACAGCGGUGGCACCUCCAAAGCUGAGAAGUUAUCCACAGAGAUCUUGAGAAGGAAAGACCAUGGUCACAGAGCUGGCCCUGGGCCUGUUGUGCCCCCAUAUUGCCCACUGGUCACCGUCACCAGCAACUCUGAGAACUGAGGUGCCGGGCAGAUGAAUAAAGGCCAGGAUUCUAACAAGAUUCUCAGAAAUGUCAUCCAAGGCCGCGGUGUGGCUUGGGAGGCCCACAGGGCAAGGCACAGAUGUUAUUGUCUUUUGUGGACUCAUUCCCCCAGGGAUCUGGAUCUGCAGCAGUCUCAUUGAGGGAAGAGCCUACCCAGACCCAUCCUCCUCAGUCCCCUGAUCUACCUGAAGAACCAGGUUCUUCAGGGUCUGGGUCAUGAGGCCUACUUAGGUGCUAGGAAUGGCCCUUUGUGCCCUGGUGACCUGGUUAGCCUUUGAUUGACUUUUCUCAAACCGGUCUUGUGGCCCCACCUGCCAUGAAGGAUGCCACAGGGGUGUGGAAGCCUGGCUGUCAUUCUAGGCCUGCUGCCCAUGACUGCCUCUACCCAUGAAGCCCUGGCAUUUCUUCCUGCUGUUCCCCAUCUUUUUCUGGGCCCUCUCUCAGUACACAGCAGGGCCUAGGCACUGGGAUAAUAGCCACAUUUGCCAGCCCUGUCCCUUCCCCAUGUCCCAGAGGAACUGAUGGUGAUGUGAACCAACUCUGAUUAUGAGAAAAUAAAGGACCCUUUUCUGA